UGCACGAAACAAUGAUAAUUGAUUAAGUUGGUGUAAAAAUGGUCCAAAUUGCAUUUUUCCGAAAUUUCCUAACCUCAAAGCCCCUUUUUCGAAAAUCCAAGAUGGAGUCACCAACCAACUGUCAUUUCAUACGUCAAACUGACCCCAAUUCGUCGUAGUUUCAACAAUGUUUAAAUUGAAAAAUUAGAAACCAUCAGAAAAAACGGUUUUAUUUUUAGAAACGCUCAGUCAUGUCUCUGAAACCGCGUCGUGUGGACUUCAACGCGACCUGGGGGUCCAUCCGGGACACCAUUCGGGGGGUGAUCACCCUAGACCACGUCCCUCGCCCCGUAUGGAACGACCGCUUCUCGGACGUCUACUCGCUUUGUGUGGCCCACCCCGAGCCCAUGGCCGACCGUCUGUACGCCGAAACCAAGCAGUACCUCAUCGACCAUGUCUCGAAGUUGCUCGUGCAAGUCCAGGACGAGGGGGAGGCCAAUUUGGUCAAGAGUUAUUACCAUUAUUGGUCGCAGUACUCCGUGGGGAGUCAAUACUUGCACAGUUUGUACUUGUACCUCAACCAACAACACAUCAGGACUCAGAAACUCUCCGAUGCUGAGAUUAUUUAUGGGAGUUCGGAUUCGUCAGGGGGCGAACAGAUGGAAAUUGGGGAGUUGGCACUCGAAGUGUGGCAGUCGGGGAUGAUAGCCCCUCUGGGGCAAAGGCUUGUUAAACUGCUACUGGAGGCUAUAGGGGAAGAUAGGGCGCAAAACACAUGCGCUAUACCCAUUGACGCGGUCAGGGGGACCAUUCUCAGCUUCGUCGAGGUGCAGGGCUACAAGAAGAAGGGCCAACUGCAGCUCUACCAGGAGUUGUUCGAGGAGCCCUUCCUCAAAGAGAGUGGUGAGCACUUCAAACGCGACGCUGCUAAACUUCUCCAAGAGAAAAACGUCUCCCUGUAUAUGGAGCGAGUCAAGGGGAAAAUUGAGGAGGAACUCCUUCGUGCACGUCGUUUCCUCCACACCAGUUCCCUCCCGAAAGUCUCCCAACGGUGCGAGACACACAUGGUGGCCGAACAUUUGGACUUUUUAUACAGCGAAUGUGUGGCUAUGGUACAGGGUGAGCGCAAAAAGGAUCUCUCCAAUAUGUACGAUCUGCUCAAGAGUGUCCAAAAUGCAAUGGUUGUUCUUGUCGAUACAGUUUUGGAUCACAUCAAAAUGCAAGGAUUGACUGCUGUUGGUAAUAUUGAUACCGAAAAUAUACACAUAACUUUUGUCGAGAAUAUGUUGGCUGUGUAUAAGAAGUAUAAACUGUUGAUUCAAGAAGUGUUUAAGUCGGAUCAGAAUUUUAUGGGGGCCUUGGAUAAGGCCUGUAGUUCGGUUAUUAAUUAUAAGUUUGGUAAACCUGUAUGUAAGAGUCCCGAAUUUUUGGCCAAGUAUUGCGACGCUUUGUUGAGGAAGUCAAGUAAAGGGAUUAGUGACUCGGAGGUGGACGAAAAGCUCGCCGAGAGCAUAACAAUUUUCAAGUAUAUCGACGACAAGGACGUUUUUCAAAAAUUUUACUCUCGAAUGUUGGCCAAACGUCUGAUCCACCAACAAACUCAAAGUAUGGACGCCGAAGAAGCCAUGAUAAAUCGUUUAAAACAAGCUUGUGGUUACGAAUUUACAAGUAAAUUACAUCGAAUGUUUACCGACAUGUCGGUUAGUGCAGAUCUCAACAACAAAUUCAACGCAUUUUUGAAACAAGACAACAUCGACCUCGGAAUCAAUUUCAGUAUUUACGUAUUACAAGCGGGGGCGUGGCCACUGGGUCAGACGAUGACCACGCCCUUUACGUAUCCUAGACAACUGGAGAAGAGCGUCCAAAUGUUUGAAAAUUUCUAUCAUAAUAGGUUCAACGGCCGGAAAUUAACAUGGUUACACAAUUUAUGUCAAGCGGAACUGAAAUUGGGACAUUUGAAAAAGUCGUAUUUAGUGACAAUGCAGACGUUUCAAAUGGCCACUUUGUUGUUAUUCGAACACACUGAUUCGCUCACAUUUAGAGAGAUUAGGGAGAGUUUACAGCUAACAUCGGAACAGUAUCACAGAUAUGCGGCUAGUUUAAUUGAUUGUAAAUUAUUGAUAGCGGACAGUACGGACUUGAAACCUGAAACAGUGCUACGUUUAAACAUGGAAUAUAAUAAUAAGAGGACGAAAUUUCGAAUAAAUGCAGCUGUGCAAAAAGAGUCGCCCCAGGAGAUCGAACAAACGAUGAAUUCGGUUGAAGAAGAUAGAAAAAUGUAUUUGCAGGCAGCCAUCGUUAGGAUUAUGAAAUCAAGGAAAAUACUUAAACAUAAUGCGUUAAUACAAGAGGUUUAUGCACAAUCGAAAGUUUCUUUCGCACCGAGUGUUCAACUGAUUAAAAAGUGUAUCGAGUCGCUUAUCGAUAAACAAUAUAUUGAAAGGACACCACAUUCAAGCGAAGAGUAUAGUUAUGUAGCUUAGAAAUCACUAACUUAAUUGUGUUUGUGACGACCGGUUUGACAUGUAACAUACUUGUAAAUAAGUGAUCACUAUUAAUUUUUCUAUGGUUUGAUUUCGGCCAGGUUAGUUAUGACUAAUGAUUGUAAUUUGCCCUUUGUGAUAAUGAAAUAUAAACGAGAAAUGAGUUUUAUUCACA